AUGAUCUUUACAGGCACAUUUUGUGCUAUAAUCGCAAUUUUAUUGGAUAUAACGCAUGGAUUCCAGAGAUAUAGUCCUAUAGAGACUAGAGGAAUCCUACGAAAUGCAGGAAAACAUUAUCGCAGUAGACUGGUAAGGAAUGGAGAUUCCGCGGUCAAUCUGGAGGGAAAGUCCUGGUUUCGACUCAGUUCUGGUGAAUCACAAGUCCCUGAUAGUACGAAGGAUGGAGAGACUAACGUCCCUGAGGGUAAUGAAAGCCUCAAUCUCGCGGCUUCCGAGAAUAGACAGGAGAAUGUGGCCGAAGAAGGUGAUGGAAUAUCAUCCAACACAAAUGAUGGACUCGAUUCAGGCGUUUCCAUACCUAACUUAGAGCUCUGUGAUGAAGUAGGCACGAGCUUUAUGAAGUACGCCCUCAGUAUAAUCCUGGGAAGAGCCCUGCCAGAUGCUAGAGAUGGGCUCAAGGUUGUCCACAGAAGGAUUCUAUGGGCGAUGCACGCACUAAAACUCGGUGGCUCAACUGCAUAUAGAAAGUGUGCCAAGGUAGUUGGUGAUGUUUUAGGUAACUACCAUCCUCACUCUGACAAGUCCGUCUAUGACGCUCUCUGCCGUCUAUCACAGGAUUUUAUCAUGAGAGUGCCACUGAUCGAUGGUCACGGUAAUUUUGGAUCUGCAGAUGAUCCUCCAGCUGCUAUGAGGUAUACUGAAUGCAGACUCAGCCACUUUAGUGAAAAGUUGAUGUUGGAGGAUAUACACAACAAUACAGUAGACUUUGUGCCAAAUUUCGACUCUACAGAGAUGGAACCGACAGCUCUACCGUCUUGCGUACCCUCUCUCUUGAUAAAUGGCUCUUCUGGAAUUGCUGUAGGUCUUGCUACAAACGUUCCUCCACACAAUCCACAUGAAAUAAUAUCUGCUGCUAUUUUAAUGGCAAAGAAUGCUGGAAAUGUUGACAUUGAUACACUGCUGGACGUUGUAAAGGGACCAGAUUUUCCAACGGGUGGAAUAAUAAAGACAGGCAUGGAUGCCCUCAAGAAACUUUACACGACUGGAAAGGGCACUCUAUCUAUUGAGGCAAAGUUUACAUUUGAAGAAAAGUUUGCUUCAAAAGGCACGAAGGAGGUUGUUAAUUCAUUCGAUUCACUUGAUGAGCUGUCAUUUUCCCCUGGAACGAGAAUAUCUAUCGUUAUUACCGAGAUCCCAUACAAUGUUAAAAUGACAGACAUUAUAAUGUCAAUGACAAAGGCUAUAAAAGAAGGGAAGAUGCUUGGAAUAUCAGAUAUUAGGGAUGAGUCUGAUCGCAAUGGAGUGAGGCUGGUGAUCGAACUUAAGAGACAGAUUACCACUCCAAUUGAAGUUGAGGAUAUCUUAAAGCAGCUCAAGAGUCAAACAGAGCUCAGUUCAUUCUUCAAAUGUAACUUUAUAGCACUCGACAAAAACGGAACAAAACCCAUCCGUUUUACUCUUCAUUCAUACCUUAAGAUUUGGCUCGAUUUCCGUGUUGAAACAGUAAAAAGGAGGACAAGAUAUUUGCUAGAAAAGGCAAAAAACAGUUUGCACCUCACAAGGGGUUUUAUUAUUGUCAUUGAUUAUAUUGAUGAUAUCAUAAAGAUGAUCAAGGAGUGUUCAUCUAUACAACAGGUCCGUGAAAAUUUGGCAAAGCAAGAGUAUGGGUCUCUGAGUCCUCAGCAAAUAACUGCUGUGCUAAAAAUGACCCUUUCUCAGCUGUCUAGGUUAGAACAUGACAGAUUCUUGCAAGAACAAGAGAAGCUAAACAACAUAAUAUCAAACUAUCAAACUCUUUUGCUGGACGAUUCUAAUAUUUAUUCCUUGAUUGCAAAUGAAUUAGAGGAAAUUCAAAAAAACUACAAGAAUUUAUACCACUCAAAAAAACGCUAUACUAGUAUUCUUGUUGGUUCAAAACCUGCCAUACACACACUAAUGGAUGAUCAGGCUAUUUCAAAACCUCAAGAAUCGACGCUAGAUUCGUCAUUAAUUGUAGUAAAUAAUCAUGGGUGGGUACAGAGAAUAAAAUUGGAUAAAUCAUUUCAUAUAAGUCAAAAAUCACGUUCGAUUUACUCUAGUAGAGUUUACGAACCUCCAUCAGCUCUUCACUCUUUGAAUUCUGAAUCAAAGACUGUUUGUUCAAAUUUGAAGGUUUUCCAUUCGAUAUGUUAUCCGGAUGAUAUGUGUAUGGUCGUUUGUAAAAAUGGAUUUUGCUCGAUGUUCCCAGUUGAAAAGCUUCGACUGUGCAAGCGUGGCUAUCCUUUGUGGAAGAUGUUGUCAAUGGAUGUUGAUGAAGAGAUUGUUUUAUUGACAACAGUCAAUUCUAUUAAAGAUUAUCUAGUUGUUGGAUUUGAAGAUGGAAACGUUGGCAUAUACAAGAGUGAAUUUAUUACUAGAAAGCGAAAGGUGAAUGAUAUGAGAAAGUUGAAACUGUGGAAAAGGGAAAGAGCACCCCCAAUAUUUGCAUUGUUUGGACACUCUUCCAGCAAUCUUUUAAUAGGUAAGUAUUAUGUAUAG